GAACAGUUUGUUAGGUUGUUUCACUUUCGAAUUCUUUGUCACGCACAAGGAAAUGAUCUUUGGGAUCCCUGCGUUGCCAAUCACCUCGUCAUUUUAGACUUUAUAACCUAAACUACAGAACAUUAAUAUCUAGUUUUGUCCACUCUGACAUGGCUCUGCUCGACGUUAGUGGUUUUAAGUCUUAUUCUGAACUCCGCGGGCAGAUUCUUCCAGCAGGUCGGACGCAUCUCGCCGACCGAACCAACCACUUCAGUUUCGGCACUAAAACUCAAGAAUUUGCUGUCCCUCUGGGUGUAGACCCCUCGAGGUUUCUCAGAUCCUGUAACCAUGACGGAGGUGUGUGCAUAGAGAUGGAACACGGCACGACCACCUUGGCCUUCAAGUUCAGACAUGGAGUCAUCGUGGCUGUGGACUCCAGAGCCUCAGCCGGACGGUACUUAGCAUCCAACGCUGUCAACAAGGUCAUAGAGAUCAACCCCUACCUGCUGGGCACCAUGUCGGGCAGCGCUGCAGACUGUCAGUACUGGGAGAGACUCCUGGCCAAAGAGUGCAGGUUGUACAGGCUGAGGAACAACCACAGGAUCUCUGUGGCUGCUGCCUCCAAGCUGCUGUCGAACAUGAUGCUGGGCUACAGGGGCAUGGGCCUGUCAAUGGGGAGCAUGAUCUGUGGGUGGGACAAAGAGGGUCCUGGUCUGUACUACGUGGACGAUAACGGGACGCGCCUGUCUGGCCGCAUGUUCUCCACCGGCUGUGGUAACGGCUACGCCUACGGUGUGGUGGACAGCGGUUACCGGGAGGACAUGACGGUGGAGGAGGCGUACGAACUGGGCCGUCGAGGCAUCACCCAUGCCACACACAGGGACGCCUACUCUGGGGGAGUGGUCAACAUGUACCACAUGCGGGAGGACGGCUGGAUUAAGGUGUGUCAGGAGGACGUGUCAGAGUUAAUCCACCGCUACAGGAAGGGGAUGUUCUGAGCCUACAGAUCGACCUCAGCCCUCUGAAUCAGUUUCUGUUUGAAACGGUGUCACUAUUACAAUAUAUUUUCUCAAAAGUAUAUUUAAAACAGCUGACAUCUGAAUUCAGAAAUCCAUUCCUGACUCUCAGUCCCAGGAAAAAACUGUUGUCAUUAAAUUGUUAAGAUUCUUUGUGUUGUGUGAUGUUGGCAGCCCGACAGUUCAGUGUGGUGAUCUGAAAUAAAGACUGUUGUUCCUCUC